AUGAGUUUUUAAGUAUAUUAGAUUUGUUAUAAUAUAGACAACAGAUUCUAAAAAAGAAGAAUUUAGAAAGUAUUUAGAAAAGGCAGGAGUGAUUGAUCAACUUACAAGAGUUUUGGUAGGAUUAUAUGAAGAACCAGAGAAACCUAAUAAUGCAAUAGAGUAAUUAAAGUAUUUGAUUUAGUUAUGUGAAAAAGUAUUUAGGAUCUCCAGUGGAUAUUGAUGUAGAUAAAUUAAAAUUAGAAUAUGAAAAAUUAAAGGAUGAAAACAUCAAAUUAAAGAGAGAAGUUGCAGAAUUAAAAAAAGAAGUUAAUUAUAAUUUUAAUAUAUGAUUAGUUAUAAGCUGCCUAAUAAGAACAAAAUUGAG